AUAGCGCAGAUAAAAUAUGUCUCUUCACUGUUUUGAGGGAUCACAAAUACUCGCAAAAGCGUUUGUUUCCAUAGUAAUCCGCUUACUAGCGAAUCAAAAGCAUCAAAUUAUUCUGCUAGCGUGCUCCGCCUUACCUCAAGAACACGGUACAGAUGAAUUUGCUAAGAAUCCUAGAAGUUGCUGUGUCGAGGUAAAUAAUUUUGAACGUGAUAUAACUUUGGCAUAACAAUAAGUUAUAAGGUAUAAGAUAACCUGUUGUGAUGGCGCGAAACGCGGAAAAGGCGAUGACAACGCUGGCGCGCUGGCGGCAGGCGCACUCCGAGGACGCGCCGGAGCGCGCGCGGCGCCCGUACCUGGCCUCCGAGUGUGACCAGCUGCCCGACGCCGAGCGGUGGCGCAAUCAGAUCGUGCGCGAGGUGGCGCGUAAGGUGGCGCAGAUCCAGAACGCCGGACUCGGCGAGUUCCGCAUCCGCGACCUCAACGACGAGAUUAACAAGCUGCUGCGCGAAAAGGGCCACUGGGAGGCGCGCAUCAAGGAGCUGGGUGGGCCCGACUAUGCGCGAACCGGACCCAAAAUGCUGGACCGCGAGGGUCGUGAGGUGCCCGGAAACCGCGGUUAUCGUUACUUCGGUGCCGCGCGAGAUCUGCCCGGAGUUCGCGAGCUGUUCGAGCAGGAGCCACCGCCGCCGCCGCGCAAGACGCGCGCAGAGCUGAUGAAGGACAUCGACGCCGACUACUACGGCUUUCUAGACGACGAGGACGGCGUGCUGGUGCCGCGCGAGCGCCAGCAGGAGCGGCUGGCCGUGGCCGCCUGGCUGGCCGACUGGCGCCGCCGCAAGGAGGCCGGCCUGCUGGGCGACGACGCCGACCCGGCCGAGGUCGAGGAGGCGCCGCUGGACGCCGACGAUAGUGACGAGGAGGCUGAGCGGCACGCCUCGGCGCCGGCCCGGUUCGUGGCGCACGUGCCGGUGCCCUCCCAGCGCGAGGUGGAGGCGGCGCUAGUGGAGCGCAAGAAGCGCGAGCUGCUGGCGCGCUACGCCUCGGACGCGCUCAGAGAGGAGGAGGACCACGCGCGCCAGCUGGCCGGGGCGGCGCCGGCCUCUCCCAAGGUCGAGAAGACUGAGACGGAGACUGAGGCUGAGGCGUAGCACCCAGCCGGUGGGUGAGCCAUCUUGGGUGGUCCGUGUUUGGUAGGGAGGGAGGGAGGAAGAUGGGUGGGUGGGUGAUAUAGGGGGAAGUGUCCGUUUUUUAUGCUGUGUUGUAUGGAGAAAUGGAGUAUCGGCAAGCUGAGGCACGAGGAAGUGCAGCUUGCGGUCCGUUGAACUGCUCAUUGUUUCCAUGAUCACUGAACGCAUUGUUGUCGGUGGUGAAAGACUCCGAUGGGCGAACCUGGCGGAUAUGUAGACAUCAUCGUGUCAUGACUUGUAUGAAUUUUGCAUCUAGUUGUUAAUAGACGCUCAUCUUCA